GUGAGGGCGUCAGGGAAGGCAGCAGCAGUGUAGCUGUGAGCAGUGUCCACACGUGUUGUGUUCGAGUGAGUGAGUGUCUCAGCACUCCAAGUGUUAGUUGGUCCAGCAGCGGCGGAUACCACACCGGACGGUCGCUGUGCCACGCUGUGCCACGCGCGGGGGAAGGGCUGAGGUUGAGGGAGGUGUUGGUUGGGUGGUUGUGUUUACAUGAUGACUGUGGCGGAGGCGGAGCUGGUGAGGCGGGCAGCGGAAAAGGGACGGAGUGCAUCAUUUUGCGCGCCGUCCCAGCCGCUGUCCGCUCUCCACUCUGCGCACUCGUCCUCGGAUAUACAUAUGGACGUCCGCGCGCACGCUGCGGCCUUCGCACAAGCCCAGCACCAUGCGUCGUCCAGCCCGAGGUCUAGGCUGAAAGCGACGCAAGCGGCACGACGGUCACAGUCCUGCCGCGUGCAGGGUUCCAGGCCGCCGCGCGUGCGGCGUCAAGAAUCCCCGCGGGGAUCGGAACCCCGGCUAGAACUGGACGCCGACGCCUCUGCUGCCUUCGUCACCACCCCAGAAGACGCCUCCUACAACCCCUUCCUGCGUAAGGUUCCAUCCUGUGGCCGCCUCGUGACGCUAUCGCUCGAAGCCGGCGGCGGCGGCGACGACGUCGACGGCUCACCGGUCCUACACCGCUCCGCUUCCGCCCGCCGCGCACGCCCGCCCACAGCCUCGUCGCCCAGCCACUCCCCCACGCCCACGCGGGUAACCCGUCCACCGCAGAAGAACCGGGCCACGGUCAAGAGGACCCCAGCAACCACCAACAGCGCCGCCCGACGCGCUGGGACCAGCAGCAGUGGCGGGGCAGCCGGAUACCUGGAUGUGAAAGUCUUCAGGAUCCAACGAGGGUCUAGACUCUGACUCAUACCUACUGAGGAACUUCUCCACCACCACUAAAGGCAUCAUCAACAGGGGAGACUCGUUCAGACGACGACGAUCUAGGAGCAACAGCAUCCAACCACCUCUAGACGGACCCAUCAGUGGAACACCCCCAGGAGCACCCACAUCCUUGGAUCUGGCCUCACCCCCACACACCCCAGACCACACCCUCAACACCGUCACCACCCCACAGCUAGCAACACCUGAGUCAGCAGAGGAGACUAGCAGCUUCCGUAUGGCCAUCUUGGGUGCGACGGGUGUGGGCAAGACUGCCCUUAUUCACCAAUUUCGCACCUCAGAGUGUAUCAACGCUUAUGACUGCAACCCCAGUGAUGAGUCAGAACAAGCCAUCUCCAUCUUACUCAACAACCAGGAGUCUGAGAUUGUCUUCGUUAACGUGGAAACUCCUCAAGACUUCCAGGAUGAGGUGAACAGAGAAGUUCCCCCUGAAGGUUGGCUGGUUAUGUAUAGCAUCACAGACAAGGCGUCCUUCCAGCGAGCCGGGGAGGAGCUAGCCAGCCUCCACCAACACCAGCUCUUGCGAGGUCGGGCAGUCAUACUAGUGGCUAACAAAUGUGAACUAGUGCGCUCCAGGACUGUCAAUGUGGAUGAUGGGCGGGACCUGGCCUGCAGCUACGGUGCUAAGUUUAUGGAGAUUAGCGUUGGAAUGAACCACAAAUGCGACGAUCUUCUAGUGGGAAUCUUGAACCAGCUCCGCAUCAAGGGUGAGGAACCCAGCGAGGAAGAAGAGGCUCCCAAGGAGAGAAGUUGGACGAGGUCUACAACUGGGGAAAGCUGUGUACCCAGGAAUCGCAGCUUAUUGAGAGCUUCCAUGAAGGCUAAACGGGUCAUCAACAGGAUAAUGGGCAAAACUGAAGCCAAGUAUAAAAAUUGUGAAGAUUUCCAGAGCUAGGGUCACUGAGGAGGUGGCGACCAACUCCCUCGGCUCAUCCAGGAGCUGCUGAUCCUGAAGGCGUUCAGGUGAAGAGUCACCACCACACCCUCGUCAAACUUGGGGUAUCAAGCCACCACUUGCAUUUGAAGAAACAGUAACUGCCUCACACAGGUUACUUGGUCCACACCUAUCACAGGAACAUUAAAGGUGACCUAAUCAACAGGUGUCACCUGACCAUCAGAUGUUAUCAGGCAUCGAUUAUUGCCUAAGGAUUAGAAAUGACAUAAUCAGCUUUCAAUUACUAAAAACAAAACAUUUUUUUCUGUUAUUUCCAUCUUUUGUCAGUUGGUUGGUCAGUUAGAUUUAAAGCCUAGCGACUAUACGAGGGUCAUUAAGGCUACAUAUCACCUGUAAACCACCAAGGAUAGUGAUUAGAACAAACUCUUAGCGUACAUUCACGUGCAAAAAUUCGAGUAAUUAUAAUAAAAUAUUAAGGCUUACUAAAGUAGCCACAAACUGCUGCUUUCGGAAAUUAACUAGAAUUUUAGGUACAUAGAAUUUCCCCAAAUUGUACAUAUUUCUAAAAUUGAUAACACUAGCUGAUCAUUUAUAUAUAUACAAGUCACCCUCCCCUCACACACAUACAUAAUCAACAGCAAUAAGUAUAUAACUCCUCCAGAUUUUUAAUCAAUGUAGUGCCCUAGAAAGCGUAAAACAUAAACAGUAAUCCAAACUAAGACUAAAAUUAUUUCUAAACACGAGUCGCCAACUACCUACUUUAGAUGUAAAUGAAAUUUUUAUGAAAGAUAAACUAUCACUAUCAGUCUUUUAUAUUAUGGUUCAUCGAAUACACAUCCAAAUAUGCGUCUACCAUGACCUUAUGCUACUAGAGUACCUCGUUCGUGCACUGGGAUGUAGAGGACAACACUGCUGCUUAAAAAAAUGCAUUUCAUCAUAGGCUACGUAACAGCUCUAAUUGCAAGAUAUUUGUUGAUUUUGGACGUUAAAAACCUGUCAGACUCUUCGUUGUGUCGGUGAAGGUUACAGUUCACCUGUAAACUAUCCGACAGAUUGUAUUAAUGUUGUUAGAAUUACCGACAAUAUGUUAGGUAAAUGCACCUAAGUGCAACUAAUGUGACAUUUUAUUGUGGCAACGUUUCGCUCUCCAGGAGCUUUGUCAAGCCUUUACAAACGAUAUAUAGAUACAGAGGGUAUAUAUAGGUUUAGAGUGAGGUGUAAUACUAGUGGUAGUAGCAGUAGUAGUAAUAUUAAUUGUAGUAGUAGUAACACACUAUGGUAGAACAAUGAACUCUCAUAUGAGUAAAAAAUUCUGAGUCUUUUACUUGGGUAGCAUAAAAAUGGGUUAGACAAAUAUUUCUGAUAGGAGUUGGAUGUGAGAAGGUCUGUUUCAGUGUUCCUUCUCUGACAGGAUAUAUGCAGGUGAAACAGCAAGGAACCUCGAAACACGCCUCAAUGAACACAUUAACGUAUGUAGGAAUGAUAACUUGAACAUCGCCUGCGUACAACACCAAAAUUCCACCAAUCACCUCAUGAAAUUCAACGACGCCCGACUAGUAAUCAGAGAACCCAAUUUCCGCAGACGUAAAUGCCUUGAAUCAUCAUUAAUCGCUGUUUCUAACACAAUCAAGCGAAAUAAAGACAGCUUCAUCAUCUCUGAAGUAUUAGCAAAAAUCCUCCGCAAAACAAUAAACCCCUGCCAUCACAUAGUCUCUGUUACUACACAAGAACAGACCUUCUCAAAUUCAUCCACUAUCAGGUAUAUUUGUCUAACCUAUUUUAUGCUACCCACGUAAAAGCUUUUAUAACCAUUUAUUCAUGUAUUUACUACUAUUAUUACACUUCACUCUAAGCCUAUAUAUACCCUCUGUGUCCAUGUAUUGUUUGUAACGGCUUGAGAAAGCUCCUGGAGAGCGAAACGUUGCCACAAUAAAAUGUCACAUUAGUUGCACUUUUGUCCUUUUACCUAACUACCUGUAAACUAACUUUAAAAAUAGACUUAGUGUUCAAAGCACUAUCGAUGUAAUGAGAUAUGCACCUAUUAGUUUAUAUACAAAGAUAUAUACAUAUCAAUGUAUUUACAUAAAUAUAUACCUUUGUAUAUUCACAAUGAAUGAUACAUACCAUUCAUUGCAUAUACCGCAAGGUAUAUAACUGUGUACUACCAUAGAGAGUAUUAUGCUCACUGAAUAUUGGUGCUAAACUUUAGUGAACAAUAAAAUGAUAUAGGAAAGUACUGACAGCUUCAUUAAUGUCCAGACAUCUUAUUCACAAAGCACAUCACUUCAUUGACUAAAGCAAAGACAAUGUGCAGAAAUUUAUACAGGUUAAGUACGUCAGGAAACAGGACAAGUGUUUUCUGACGCGGGUCUUAGAUCGUGAAUUCGAAGAAUAGAAAAUCAUAAUAAUGUUGCCGGAAGAAUAUACCAACACAAAUUUGAAAUGAUAAUUGGAAGACGGUUUUAGGACAGACUAAAAUGUUACCUAUCAACUUUUCCUUCAUAAUGUGUGUGCUAGUUGUGAAUUGCAGUCACCAUAAAUUGAUUUAAUGAGAGUUGUUUUCUGUAGGAAUGUAUAUUGCUCCUUCCCUGGUACGAAUAUUGAACCUUGGUUUGUCACGUUCAAGACCUGUCGACUACACGAGCGUCAUUAAGGCUGCAUUUAACCUGUAUACUACAUGUAAGAAUAAUCCCUAAACUAGGGAAUAAAUUUAGUGUAUAUGCACUGAGCGUAGCACACCUCGGUGUACAGACAGAUUUGUACUUAUCUUCUAGUUUAUAAACACCUUGAGAGCCACACUCGGCUCAAAGCCUGGGUACUGUACACCUUAUUAAACCUAAAAUAUCAAAAUUUCGUGAAUUUAGAUAGUCUGUAGUUGCAAUUCUAAGUGCUUGAAUUAUUAUUAUAACCAAGGGGGAAGCACUAAACCCAUAGGAUUAUACAGUGCUUGGGGGGGGGGGAUGGAAGGUAUUCAGGUUUAACUCAGGGAACUGGAGCACAGAUCCAGUUCCCUAGAUCGAGAGCCCCUCACCAGCAUCAAGGAACCUUCCUUGAGGGGUAAGUGCUUGAAGCCUUGCAUGCAGCAGUACGUUGUCUUCUCAACGAUCAUAUCUUACAUGUGACUUCUAUCACCAGAACAGGUGAAUACCUGGUACUUUCAGAUCAUUCAGAGCUAUAAUACUUAACUUUUAUGUAACUUGUAAAUGGUUUGAUAUAUAUAUUGACUAUAAGAACAUUCGUAAAUAUCAAAAUAUAUUACCCAUGUAAGUUAGUAUAGUUCUACAAGAAAAUUUAUGAACCUAGCAAGUCUUAAUGAGCUUGUAUCAGCUAAGAGUCAUUUUUUGAAGUAUAACCAAAACUCGCGAAAUAGUUUAGUUAGAAAAUUAUUUACUUAAUUUUUUCAUGCAGAUAAGAUCCUUAACAAUUUAAGUGCUUGUGAAAAAAUCACAGGAAUAAAAGGCACAGGACCACAUGCUACAUUUCUUGCAAAAUGGUGAUGGCAGCUGUAUAUAUUAAACACAAUUGAGGGCUUCCUAUAUUCAUUAAUUAAGGAUAAUCAAUGCUUCAGAAUUCUUGCAUAGGAUGUAUCAUAGUGCUUAGUCUUUUGUACACAGGUUCCCCUGUUAGCAAACCGGAGGACCUUAAGGUUAUAGAUUGUUCAUGUUUGUUAAGGUAUUAUUAGUAUUUUUUAAGCCAGUUUCCUCACGUAAAGACUGUUUCAAAGAAUUGAGGAUUUUCUCAACCAAAACGGUUAGCUAAUCCCCAUUGAGCCCAACAGUAAUGACUUUAAAUAAUCUUUACGUGAUGAUCAGGUUAACCACAGUUUUGUUAAACUAUUACUUUCACAAAGGAUUUCACACAAAUUCAUCAAGUCUACUACAAAUCAUUGUACUUCAAACUGAAGAAUUAUAUAUUUAAGUUAUUUCUCCUUACACGAAAAAUUAAAACUGUAUUUAAAAUAUCACCUAUCAUAUCAAAAAAAUAGUAGUUUUUAUAGUACGUACUUUGGAAUAAAAAUGGCGCAUAUUAUAUAAUAACUUUGUGUACUGUGGAAUGUAUGAAUGAUAAUGAACUUCAGUUAAAAGUACAUGUAAAAUAUGCUACGACUGUAAUGUUGAUACAAGAAUACCGAACUUUACCUAUCACUUCUGCCUUCCUUAAACUUGUAAUAUUCGCCAGGACGAAGUCCUGAUUCGGGUCCCAAGUUUUCGUCGACCUGUUGUAUUUCUGCCUUGCUUGUUGCUAUAAUAUUCGUCAGGACAACAAUCCUGAUUCGGGUGUUAAAUCUUCCAACGACCCGUAUUAUAAACCAUACCACGGGCGAGAUUUGAACCCGCGGUCAGAGAGUCUCAAAACUCCAGACCGUCGCGGGUUCAAAUCCCGCCCGUGGUAUGGUUUGUUUGCAAUCGUGUCAUUACGAUUUCGUGACCCGUAUUAUCAUCGUCUUGUGCUCGUAGCUUCACAGUUAACCUUAUGUACUGCUGCAGUAAUGCGGUGCAUCGCGUGAAUCACAAUCACCUCCAUACAAGUGUUGUUAAGGUUAUUUAUCUUGAAACACCUCGUCUAACCCAUGGUGGUGUCGCCUUUGGAUUAUGAAAACUCAACUUGAUUUUUCUCCACACUUGCAGCCUUAGAUCUUUGCUAUCAAACUGAACGUGAAUAUUACUCACAGCUUUUAAUUUUUCUGAUGAUUAAAUUAGUCUAAUUAACAGCUGGAUGGUAAUAUUCAUGCAAGGACAAACUAAAAUAUAAUAUUUUGAUAAAAGUAAAUUAUUAUUACUUAUUGUGAUUACAAUGAGACCUAUUUAUAGAAGAAACAUGUAUUUAUAUAGUUGAUAAAGCAUUUUGCUUAAGUUGGACUUUUUUCAAUUAUGACAAAGUUAAACAGAUUCAUAGUGAUAAACUUGUAAUAUUUGAAGCAUUUAUUUGAUAAUUCAAUGGGAAGUCAUUUCUGUUGCUAAUUCUUAUUCUUCGACUUAUUGCUUUGCUAUUAUUUGUUCUAGAAAAUUGAUCUAAUGUUAUUGCAUAUAUAUUUUUCCACAUGUACUGUAUUUCUCAAUACUAUAUCAGAAAUAAAUUGCUAAAAAUUUCUUGCAAAGCCUCUUUAUUUAUGAGUAAAUAAUAAGCUUAAAUGUUAUUUCAAUCAAGAUCACUGAUGAAUUAAUCCGUCAUAUUCAAACUCAAGAAUUACAAUUUAUAAGAUAAAUAUUUUAGAUAUUUUUUUAAAUGGUAGAAUUUAUCUUGACUUCUUCUUCACAGUAGUUACCAUGUAUUGAUAUAUUGUACAUGUAUAUUUUAGCCAUUUGUUGUUGAAAUAUUCAUAUGGUCAAUAACAUAUUAACAGCCUUAGCUGAGCAGCGCUAUAUAAUUUUUUGUAAGGAAUUGUACGUAUAGAACUAUAAACGUAAGGUCAUAUUGUACAAUAGCCAGAGACUGCAAGUUCAGUCAACAUUUUUAUGAAGAGGCUGAGCCUAUGCUGCACACGUGAGGAAUUUCUGAAUAUAUACCCACUUGUUAUUUAAUAUAAUGUGGAGUAACCCGUAUAGAUGUAAUAUGUCCAUUCCUCUCCAUGUGGCAUCCACACUUAGAGACAAUAUUACCUCUAGGAUUAUAGUGUAAUUCUAGAAUAAAUGUCUUCUAGUGCAGUAGAUGAGUUUUAUAUAAACAGUAUUUCCCUUCACUACAUAUUCAUAAAAGUGCCAAAUUGUAAGUUCUGUCUGGUAUGACAUGACUUAAAAAAGAACCUCAUGUAUUGUAAGCUUGAAGUAACAUGACUUAGAAAAGACACCCUCUUGUAUUUAUAAGUCAACAGUGAGGCAAAGAUAAUAAAUUAUAA